AUGGUGAGAUUUUGUUGGCUGCGAGCGAACCUCUACGAUCCUUGGAGUCGUGGUUCCCAGUUUGAUGCGCGUCUCAAUUUGGGUAACAGAAAUGGGCAAAUGACGUUGAGAAAGUCUGAGGAAGAGAAAGUGGUGCGUGGGAAAAGAGAUAGGUCAAUUGGGAAGACAUCAAUGUCAUUGUGGAAAGAGUAA